AUGACCAACCUGCUGGACAUCCCGGGGCUGAGCUCCAUGUCGGACACCAUGAUCAUGGAUGCCAUCGCCUCCUACCUCGUCCUGCCCAACCGCCUCCUGGUCCCGCUGGUGCCCGACCUGCACGAGGCCGCCCAGCUCCGCUGCCCCUACCCCGGCCUGGCUGACCCCCCUCCCCUCCAGGGCGUGGUGCGGGUGCACCUGCGGGGUGCGCGGGACCUGCGGUCCAAGGACCGGUUCAUGGGGGGGCUGGUGGAGGGCAAGUCAGACCCCUACGCCGUCCUGCGCGUCGGCACCCAGGUGGUCACCAGCCGCGUCAUCGACGACAACCUCAACCCCACCUGGGACGAGGUCUAUGAGUUCAUUGUGCAUGAGGUGCCGGGGCAGGAGCUGGAGGUGGAGCUGUUCGACAAGGACCCCCCGAUCAGGAUGAUCUCCUGGGCAGGCUGGAGCAGGUCCUGGAGAGGAACCCGGGCGAUCGCAGCCAAACCCGACCCUCCGUCCGCCGCCAUCCUGGUCGUGUACUUGGACCGGGCUGAGGAGCUGCCUAUGAAGAAGCCGGGCAAGGAGCCCAACCCCAUGGUGCAGGUCUCAGUGCAGGACGUGGUCUGUAACUCCUCUGCCCCCGUCUGGGAAGAUGCUUUCCGCUUCUUCCUGCACGACCCCGCGCACCAGGACCUGGACAUCCAGGUGAAGGACGACCCCCGGCAGAGCAGCCUGGGCUCCCUCUCGCUGCCCCUCGCCCGCCUGCUGGACGCCCCCCGGCUGACGCUGGCGCAGCCCUUCCAGCUCCAGCACUCAGGACCCCGCAGCCGCCUCCACAUGAAGCUGGUCCUGCGGGUGCUUUUCCUCGACGCCCCGGAGAACGGUGUGUCUCCCCCCACCAUCUCGGGGCAGCCGGACCCCCUGGCCAGCACCAGCAGCACCCAGCGGGCCCCCCCCACGCCAGCCCCCAACCCCCAGUUUGGCACCGAGCACAUGCUGCGCAUCCACCUGCUGGAGGCCCAGGACCUCAUCGCCAAGGACAACUUCUUCAAGGGGGUGGUGAGGGGCCGCUCCGACCCCUACGCCCGGCUGCGCGUGGCCGGCAGGACCUUCCGCAGCCGCGUGGUCAAGGAGGACCUGAACCCCCCGCUGGAACGAGGUCUACGAGGGUACCUGGUGAUCGUGGACAACGUCCCGGGGCAGGACGUGGAGUUCGACCUCUUCGACAAGGACAUUGACAAGGAUGAUUUCCUGGGCCGGUGCAAGGUGCCGCUGAGGCGGGUGCUGAGUGACCGCGUUGUGGAUGAGUGGCUGCCCCUGGAGGACGUGAAGUCGGGGCGGCUGCAUGUGCGGCUGGAGAGCCUGGCCCCCCGCCCCAGCGCCGCCCUCCUCGAGCAGGUGCUGCACACCAACAGCCUCCUGCAGCCGGCGCGUGGUGCGGAGCUCUCGGCCGCGCUCCUCUCCGUCUUCGUGGACCGAGCUGCCGACCUGCCGCUCCGGAAGGGCUCCAAGCCACCCGCCGCCUUCGCCAGCCUGGCCGUGCGUGAUGUCUCAUUCAAGACCAAGACCUGUGCCCCCACCACUGAGCCCGUGUGGGAUGAAGCUUUCUCCUUCCUCAUCAAGCGGCCACAUGUGGAGUCACUGGAGCUGCAGGUCCUGGUGUCGCAGCAGGGUGGAGGAGGGGGGCCAGCAGCGUGUCCCUGGCCGGGGGGGACGCUGCCCCCCCAGCCCGCAGAGGCGCCGGGAGAGGAGGAGUCUGGGGCGGGGGGGCUGCGCCAGCGCCUGCCCCCAGCUGACAGGUAG